CGUCGCCUUUGAUUGUUGGCUGUUCGCGCUGUUCACGCUCGCUGCUCCUGUCGCCCGCCGCACCGCGCCGCGCCGAGCAGGUCCGCUCGUUGUCAGGGGCAGCAGGCGCGCGCGCGACACAACAGGGUGUGCGGCGGGGUGCGAGCAGCAGCGGAGCAGCAGGGAUGAAGUUUCCGACGUUCGUCACCCUGAGGUCAGCAGCAGCCGGCGCGUGUGUCUACGUGGCGGACGAGAGUAUCUCAUUGCGACGAGCCGCGUGACGUCCAUCAUGGUCUGCCGCAGGUGCAUACCGGCGCUGCCCGGCGGCUGGCAAUGGCGAUCCCACCGGCCCCCCUCGGAAGCGGACGCAGCGGAUUGCUCCGCGCCCCCUGGACGCGGGCGGCGGGCCGGCGGGGCCGCGGGUCGCGUUCCACGCGCCAUGUUCGUGGCUCUCAUCUGCCUCGUGUCGUUCGUCAUCCUGUUCCUUGCGGCCUGCUCCCGCUUCAGGCCGUACCACGUGUUCCGCCCCGGACCGCGCCUGGAGCACGCGCCCCUACAGACACUCAACAGCAGCUUCCUCGUGGACACGCCCGGCUGCCGCAUCCCCAACCUGGCGGUCAUGAGCCCCGAGGUGCAGGAGUUCGUCUACGACUACGCCGAUGUGACGUGUGACGACCCGCCGCCGCUCGUGUGGUCGGACGACGAGUACCUCUACCUGAUGCGCAAACGCGCCGGCCUCUACGGCGUCAGCCCGUCCUCCUUGCAAUGCUGCAUGCGCGCCCUGUGGCUGCAGCAGGCAAACUUCACCCUGCCGGAGCUGGACGGCACAAACAACUCUCGGCUGGCCGCCUUCACAUUGCCCCCGGGCGGGAGUGCGAAGUUCGGCGACGUCAUCGAGUGAGUGAACGCCGUGGAGGCCGGGCCGACCCGCCGUACGCCCGCGCCGUCGGGUUGCCUACCCCGGCCUCCACAGGCGCCCUAGCCCCGUGCAGGCCGGGCCGACCCGCCGUACGCCCGCGCCGUCGGGUUGCCUACCCCGGUCUGCACAGGAGCCCGGGGCACGCUGUCGUCGCCGUAACAUCGCGCUGCUCGCCCCAGGUACUCGGAU